GACAUGUCCUAUCAUGCUUUCGAUAAGAUCGCCUCCCAGUCGGCCGGCGUCGUCGCCGCGCGCUGGCGGCGCGUGCCCUGCCCCUCAGGCUCGCCCUCCAAGCCCACCUGCAGCAACUGGGCCAGCUGCUUCAACACCGGUGACGGCAGCGGCGGCUCCUCAUCUUCUGGUGGCAGCAACAGCAACAAUGGCAACGGCGGCAACAACGACCACAGCAGCAACAACGACCACAGCCGCAACAAGAGCAGUGAGAGCGACAGCAGCAACAACAACGGCGGUGGCGACAGCCGCAGCACUAACAACAACAGUGACAACAAGAGCAGCAGCAGCCGUAGCAGCGGCGGCGGCGGCGGCGGCAACAAGGACAACAAGGGUAACAGCGGUGGCAGUGGCAGCAGCGGGAACAACAACGGCGGCAACGGGGGCGGCUCCAGCUCGGGCGGCAAGUCUGAUCAGAAGGGCGCAUCUGCAUCCUGGGGCCGCCGUCGGCUGCUGACUCAUGACCGCAGGGUGGCGGUGCGCCACCGUGCCGCGAUGCGAUAG